AAAUGGUUAUUUAAAAAUCCAAAUGGAUGGUUAGCGGUGAUAGCAAAAAUGAGUUGUUUCUUAGUUAUAUUUUUUUGACCCACUGGUGAGUUGACUUGGUGAGGCCUGCUGCUUUGCUGUUUCUCUCUUUUUUUCUUUCUUUCUUAAAAAAAAAAAAAAAAGUGUUUUUAAUUUUUAAUUUUCUUAACUUUCUGGCAAAGUUCUCUGCUUUUGUCUCUCCAACAAAAGGAUAGAAAAAAUAAAGAAAGUUGCAGAAAACAAUCUCUCUGUUCUUUGAGCUUUCCCUUUGAGCUCACACGAGCGGCUUCAUUUGUCAUUCCACCUUUUUCUCUUUCUUUCUUCUUCCUUCAAUUUCUGUUUUUUUUUUUUUUCACAGAUCGUUUUCUCAGAUUUUGACUCUUUUUUGGUGUUGUUGUUCUUCUCCUUCGUAAAGUGGAAGAAGAAUAUCACAAAACUGGGUUUUUUUAUAUCUGGAAUUCUGAAGAAAUUCUUCACAGAUUUGAUCUGUUUAAACUAUAAAAGUUUUGAUUUUUAUAAAUCAGCUCAAAAUAGACGCGGUUUAGGGUUUAUGGUUUGACUAUAACAAAUACUGAAAUGGGUUGUGAGGUUUCAAAGUUAUGUGCAUUUUGUUGUGUUUCUGAACCUGAAGGAUCCAAUCAUGGAGUCACAGGAUUAGAUGAAGAUAGGAGAGGUGAAGGGAAUGAUUUGCCUCAAUUUCGUGAAUUCUCAAUUGAGACAUUAAGGAACGCAACAUCAGGAUUUGCUACAGAGAAUAUAGUAUCAGAGCAUGGUGAGAAAGCUCCAAAUGUUGUGUAUAAAGGGAAAUUGGAUAAUCAAAGACGUAUUGCUGUUAAAAGGUUUAAUAGGAAAGCUUGGCCUGAUUCUCGUCAGUUUCUGGAGGAAGCUAAAGCUGUUGGUCAAUUAAGGAACUAUAGAAUGGCAAAUCUUCUUGGAUGUUGUUAUGAAGGUGAAGAGAGACUUCUUGUUGCUGAGUUUAUGCCUAAUGAAACUUUGGCUAAGCAUCUUUUCCAUUGGGAGUCACAACCGAUGAAGUGGGCGAUGCGACUAAGAGUAGCUUUACAUAUUGCUCAAGCUUUAGAAUAUUGUACUGGCAAAGGUCGUGCGCUCUACCAUGACUUAAAUGCUUAUAGAGUUCUCUUUGAUGAUGACUCAAAUCCAAGACUUUCGUGCUUUGGUCUGAUGAAAAAUAGUAGAGAUGGAAAGAGUUAUAGUACCAACCUGGCGUUCACUCCUCCCGAGUAUCUCAGAACAGGUCGCGUGACACCAGAAAGUGUGAUGUACAGUUAUGGAACUCUGUUGCUUGAUCUUCUUAGUGGAAAACAUAUUCCUCCAAGCCAUGCUCUGGACCUCAUACGGGACAGGAACAUUCAAAUGUUGAUCGACUCGUGCUUGGAGGGUCAAUUUUCAAGCGAUGAUGGGACUGAACUAAUACGGUUAGCUUCUAGAUGUUUGCAGUAUGAGCCCCGAGAGCGGCCUAACCCGAAGUCUCUAGUUACUGCAAUGAUCCCUCUACAGAAGGAUCUUGAGACUCCUUCUCAUCAACUGAUGGGCAUACCAAGCAGCGCCUCCACGACACCCCUUUCACCACUUGGAGAAGCAUGCCUAAGAACAGAUCUAACUGCCAUACAUGAGAUUCUUGAAAAGCUUAGCUAUAAAGAUGAUGAGGGUGCAGCCACAGAGCUUUCGUUCCAGAUGUGGACCAAUCAGAUGCAGGACUCGUUAAACUUCAAGAAAAAGGGUGAUGUUGCUUUUCGACAUAAAGAAUUUGCAAAUGCCAUCGACUGCUAUUCUCAGUUCAUUGAGGGCGGGACAAUGGUUUCCCCAACUGUUUAUGCAAGAAGAAGUCUGUGUUACCUGAUGAAUGAGAUGCCCCAAGAGGCGCUGAAUGAUGCAAUGCAAGCUCAAGUGAUAUCUCCUGCUUGGCAUAUCGCAUCCUAUCUUCAAGCUGUAGCUCUAUCAGCUCUAGGACAAGAGAACGAAGCACACGCUGCUCUUAAAGACGGAUCAAUGCUCGAAAGCAAAAGAAACAGGCUAUGAUGAUGAUAACAGAAAGCACGAAGAGGAAAAUGAGAGAGGAAAAUUAAAAACCAUUUAUUUUCUUACAUUAAACCGAUAAGCCCCCAUAGGCUUUGUAGAAUAAGAUCAAAUCUCAUCCUCUGGAGUAGAAGCUACUACAGAGUUCUCAUAUCGUGUGCAUCAUCAUCAUUGGUCAGUUUCAGGUUCCGCUUGUGUAUCCCUUUCCUUCUCUUUUUUUCUUUCCAAAUACUCGAAGCAUUCAUUUGGUCUACUACCGCGAAUUAGACUCUUUUUAUGUUCUUGGUUACUGGCAUGAACAUUUCCCUGUUAUACAGAAGAAAAAAAAGUUCCAUACUUUGAUGGAGAUUUGAUUUUUAGAAAAACUGGAAAUGGUGUGAUUGUGGAUUUGCUAUGAUGGAUUCCAUGAUUUGUAAUCAAUGUUUUAUAAUAUGUAAUGUAAAGAAGAGAGUACUUUGAUUUUUGGUUGUUAAUGAUCUGUUGGAUUCA